AUGGCUUCACAGACCAUAAACUUCAUCACCUGGAAUGUUAACGGACUUAAAAGAAAAAGAGAUCAGAAAUUUCAAAAACUACAAAAUGCUGAUGUUGUUUUCUUACAAGAGACACACAUUGGAGUAGGAGAUGAACAUAUUAUAGAAGGUCUAAAAAACAAGUGGCAUAUUUUCUACACAAAGUAUACGUCCCGAAAGGGAUCAGCCAUACUAGUGAGGAAAACACUGGAUUUUGAAUAUAUAAGUGAUGAAAGAGAUAACUGUGGAACGUAUGUUUUGCUGAAAUGUAACCUGGUAGGUCAGCCGUACACUCUGGUUAGUGUUUACAACCAUCACACAGACACAAAAACCCUUGAUAAACUUUCAAGUUACCUGCAGUCAAUGACCACAGGGCUGCUGGUGAUCGGUGGAGAUUUCAACACGGUUCUUAAUCCAUUUAUUGACAAAAAAUGUAAUACUAGCAAGAAGAUAAAGAACGGAAAUCAACGUAAACUGCUCUUAUUUGUGAAAAAGUUCAUGAAAUCUCUUCAGCUGGUUGAUGUCUGGAGAAGAAAGAACCCCAUUAAGCAGGAUUAUACAUACUACAUAAAAGACUCUCCUGUGUCCAGACUGGAUUACUUCUUUGUUCCAGAAGAAUGUAUGUGGCGUGUCAGAAGUUGUGACAUUAGAAACUCAGAGAGGCCUGACCAUUGGCCUGUGUCUUUAGAGAUCAACAACAUCCCCGCAAUGCCUUUUCAGAAAGAUCGCCAGAUAAAAACAAUCUUCCAAUGGCUGAAUCUAAAACAGCAUCUUUUUACAGAUGAGGCGGGUUCAUCACUGGGUGAAGAAAGCUCACAGGCAGUCAGUGAGGUUGACAUUUUCUCAGCUGUAAAUUCUCUUCAAGUGUCAGACACACCGAGACCAGACGGCAUCCCAGUUUCUUUCUAUAAAGACAACAUUCAGGAUCUAAUUCAAUAUAUAAAGAUGCUCUAUGACAGAAUCCACAGCGGUGCAUUUAACUGCUCUGAGAAACACUUUAAUGAAACUGUGAAAAGUCCCCAUGACAAUAGUCAACACUUCUUUAACGUUGAUUACCUCAUCAUUGCUACCAUUCUGGCAAAACGUCUAGGUGAUUACUUGGAGUCUCAGUCAAAGGAUCAUGCACCAAAAGAUUCAGCUACUGUCAUGAUCACUCCCAAAACAUUCUGCACUGAGAUGAGGUUGUCUCAUAUUCAGGAUGAAAUAGAAAAGCAAAAACGGUCAAACCCAAAUCUGUAUCAGGAUUUUCUCAUUGUGAAAAACCUUCUCAGAGAUGCACCAGAAGUAGAUACUGAAUCUGUAGCUGUUUCAAUUGAGAGAGACAAACUGCUGGAUCAGGGCUGCCCUUUGACCCCAGUUCUCAUUAUGCUGGCUCUGAAAUGCUUUGGCUCUGCAUUAGCUGGACAUUUAAAACAGCACGAUAUUCUAGUUUUCAAAGACAGCGUAAUACUUUGCAUCCAACCUGAGGACCUUGAAAAAGUAUUAGCUGCUGUGAGGGAAAGAGCUAAUGAAGUGUUUUACAUUGAGGAAUUAUACAGAGGAAAUGUUAAUGGUAAACAAUUAAAGUGCUUGGGAAAUGAGUCUAUGGCCGAGGAUUGGAACAAAAGACUGACCAUGUAUGCAGUUGUUACUCUGCAAGACUCAGAUGAGGUGAUGGUGGUAGCAUCAAACUGGCUGAGCCUAGACAAGAAACAAUGUUACUGGCCCCCAUUCAAAUCACCAGACAAGUGCAUGGAAGCUGUUCAGAACAGAAUUAAAGCUGAAACAGGAGGGAAACCAUGGGAGAAAUUAAAUAUUAGCUUUCACAGAGAAUAUGUCACUUUUGAGAAGGCAAAAGAGGAGCAACAAGAAAUCAAAGAACGGAAAGAACGGCCAUAUCUAUUAGCCACUAGAUUCCCUGGAAUGCUAAAAAGACAAAGACUUGAAUGCCCUCAAGAAAUGUUAAAACAACAACUUCCUCCUGCACCAUCUGCAUCUACAUCCAGAAUGUCAGCUGAUGACAAGGAUGAGCUCCUCCAAACGCUGAGAGACAUCAAGAGCACAGUUCAGGAAAACUCUGCUAUGUUAAAGAAACUGCUAAAAGACAAUACGGUUUCUGAGGUCCCCAGCAGUACCAGCAUUCCUCAUAAAGACGUUAAAACAAACCUAAAACUGCCUCUUAGAACCAUUAAAGAUGUGGCCAGGACUGAAAGACAGCUCACAAAGAAUGCAACAACACGCCAAAAAUAUGUAAGAUAUCUGUCAAGACUUGGAGGUUUUGGGCAAAAGGAUGUGAUUAAGAAUAUUAUGCGGCACGUCCUAACAGAUGAUCUGGCCACAAAGUUUAACUGGCAGGGGAGAGGAAAUAAAAAGCCCUUCUCUAAGCUUAUUUUAACAGAUGUAAUCAGAGAUGCUGCAUCAAAACAAAGUGUAAUGAGGAUAGACUGUGAAGCUGAAAUAAAAAAUUAUUUGUGGUCCAUAGCUGAUCGAAUCGGUCGGAAUAGACCAAGAGAUUGUGGAGGUGUGACUUCAGAUGUGACUUCUCCCACGCUGCUGGACAGUAGCUUCCAGUCAGUGUCUGGAAUGUCUUUUGACUGAGUUUUGGAACAUUUAUUCAUAGGUUGUGUAAGCUUAACUGCCUACACAUUAGACAUUCAUUUUGUAAAGAACAAUAUGUGUACUAAUCUAGCUUGCCACUGUGUACUUCAAAUAUUGGCUCUUGAGAUAAAAUGCUUAUAAUACUCAUAAUUUUUAAUCAGUGUAAAUGUAAAUAUAUAUGGUUAGGGUUAGGCAAGGGUUUUUAUAUUGUGGUAAUAUAAGAUAAGAUCCAUCAGCCUUUAGCUGACUGGAGGAAAUAAUGAAAAACUGGAGAAUGUGUUUCACUGUGGUAUCAUUGCAUGCAUUGAGGUGUAUUAUAGUAGUGGCUUUAUUUCUCUGAUCCAAUAAUGUUCCUUCCUUUCCUCAAUAACAAAUAACUAAAAUGCAAUUAGUUGUGGUGUUUAAUCCAAAUAGGCUAUUUCUUUCUUUUUCAAUGUUACAUAGAUGAGAUGUAAUGAUUUCAUUCCAAAUAAACCAUAAC